GGGAGAGUGUGAGUCAGAGAGAGAGAGAGAGAGAGACGGAGGAUGUCCUCCGCCGCCAUGGUGGUGGUCCUCGGGUCGUCUACAGCAUCCGACGUUAUCAGCUGUGGGGUGGUGGUGAUGGCGGCGACGUUGGGCGCCAACUUGCCCAUGUGUUGUUGUGGGUUGUCGUCAGUGGGUGGUGGUGAUGCCCACUUUUAGGGGCGGGAGUGUUUGUGUGUGAGUGCGUACUGCGCCCAUGUGCCGUUACAUAGCGGAUUGCGGCUGUAUAUAGGACGGCCAGGCCAGGCCAGAGUCCUGACAGGGAAAAAAAGGUCGAAGUGCUUUCGUGGGUUCUAAAAGUGCGGUGCGAACCCUGUUUUGGGCGAUCAAAGGAAAGCUUUGUUAUCAGUCUUAUCGUGUCUGGAUCGAGGAAGGAGUUCCAGUGGCAAAGCGGUUUUGAAAUCGAUCGGUUUUCGAAACUUUGAUUCCGUGGAACUUUCCUCGUCGGAGCGACGUCCGCAAUUUCCUCCAAAAAACAAAAAAAAAAAAACAAAAAACAACCAAAAGCAUGAGUUGGCUCACAACGAAAAGCGCAACAUAGGCCCCAUUCUUCCAAAGCAUAGUGGCAAACGACGCCCGAGUCUUGCAACAAGUACAAACUACACAACACUCUACACACUGGGAAGCAGCAACCAGGCAGCGAGCAGAAGCGGAAAAUCGAUUUCGAUUAGAGAUUUUCCCCCGGCCCAACCAACCAGCCCCAAACGCGCUUCUUGUGUGUGCAAGUGUGUGCGAAUCUCGGCGAGUGGAAAAGCGCGGAAAAGUCAUUCUUCCCUUUGGUGUUGUUGUGGAAAGUGAGUUGACGUCAGAAAUUCCAAGGAAAAUGACAGGAAAAAACUAACGCGGCAAGUCCCAAGGAUGAAGAUAAUAAUCGAUAUGAUUAUUCGUGGAAGCAAAACAAAACCGAUGCUUUACAACAGCGUCGACUAGGUGGAGCGUACAUACAUCUAGUACAUAUACCAAGUUGUCGGUGGAAAAGCUCGCCGGGGGGAGGGAAAGUGGAAGCAGCAGAGUGCUGUGUUAGUGUGCACACCCGUACAAUCCCAUUAGCUGGUCCUUGUUGUCUGCGUCGGCGAAGUGUCACCGUAUUGGUGAGCCAGUACCAGUACAUAGUGGAUCAAGGAGUAGGAGGAGGAGGAGGAGGUCAGGCGGAUAACUUCAAAGGUACCCCUAAGCUAUUGGCCGAUUAAGCCCACUGUGCGUGCCAUUGUUGGCUGUGUCACCAAAGCUUUCGCAAAACCAAACUCACAAUGGAACGGUGCAGUAGCAGCACCAGCUACAUGGACUACCACCGCCACUCGAUGGCAGGUAACAACUUUUGCUACCCGUACUCGCCCGGGAUGAUGCGAAACGGCGGAUCACCGUACCCGAUGGGAGUGGGUUCGGCCGCGCCACGGUACGGUAUGGCCGACUAUCGAUCCGGUGGAUAUUACGGUGAAGGGGGAUUCGACAAGUACUACGGCGGCAGUGGAGGGGGGUACCACGCGGGGUACGGUGCCAAUUAUUACGGGAACGGUUACGCGUCCUACCGAGAUUUCGGCUACAACGAUUACUACCAGGGAUCGGCGUUUGCUGGCCAUCACGGAGCUGGUGGCUACCACGGUCCAGCGGGUUCCUCGUCGCAUCUGUACGGUGGCCGGCAGUCGCUUCCGCUGGCAUUCCAGCGUGAAUCUUACUACCAUCAUCAGCGGGACCACCCCCACGGCAGCCCGUACGGCUUUGGUGGUAAUUACUCCGGUAAUCCGUACAAAGCUGAGUCCAGCAGCACGACUCCCAACUCGACAAAUUCCGGCGAUGCGGCGCUGUUUGGCGGCGCGCCGAACGGUAAUAGCUUCCAGCAUAGUCCCGAUUAUCCGUACGGUAGUUCCGGGGAUAGCCCGGGUGGGCCCGAGGGGAGUGGCAGCAGAGGGAGUGGGGGUGCGCCCGGCUACCCAACGUCGCCCUCGUCGUCCGCAAUGCCAAACGCAACAGGAUUUCCUCUGAGCAUAAAAGAUGCAAGAAUGCGAAAGUUGAAGGAGCGCAAACUGGCCAAAUCGUCGUCCUCUUACAGUCCCAGCGGUGGUGGUGGCAGCAGCACCUGCAGCAGCCCCAACCCGGUCGGGAGUAACGGGACCGGAAGUGGCGGGACGCAGCCGGGGGCCACCAACGGAGGACAUCGGCUGAAUGCACUCGGCCCCGACACCUUCGAGCACCACGAGCGUCCCGGUAAAAGCUCCCCGUCCAGCCGGCAUCCGUCGCCGGGUCGCGCCGCUACCGGCGGGGGCAGUCCACCAAAACGUUCCAAAAAGCAAACGUCCGCCAAACACGGCCGGGGAAGCUCGGCAGCCGCCACGGCAGACAACGACAAAUCCGGUGACCAUGCUGCUGCUGCACCGGCAAUGGCCACUCCGGACAAGAUCGUGACACCCCUACCCGGCUUCCAGCAGGCGUUCGGCUCGACGGAAAUAGGCAAAUUUUCCGAAGCAUUCUUCAACAGCAGUCCCGGUCCGACCGCCUCGGACAUGUUGGGUCAUCAACAUCCGGACGGGGCAGGCCACCACAACCAUCACCACCACCACCACCAUCCGCACCAUCAGCUGAUGAUGGACUCGCUGGCGGCGGCCACCGGCGGUGAAUCCGACGUGGAAACCCUCAGUCCCCAGCCGUGGGAACCGACCGGUCCCGGGGAUCCGUUCCACGAACCUGGUGGAAGCUCAACGUACAACCUGCAGAUCGGAACCAGCUUCCAUCCGUCGUACUACGAAUCGUCGUCGGCGGCGUACACGGCGACGGACCACGCGGCCGAUUCGCCGCUGGGGAACUACUUCAGCGAGAUGACCUGCGCUGACCAGUACGUGACUUAGGAUUGGAGGGGUGUUCUUUGGAGAUACUACUGAACCGUGCAACUAUACACUUAAAAAGAACCAUCGAAACACGCUGCUGCCGCUGAUGGUCACAUGUUCUUUCUGAUGUUUUUUUUUCAGUUCAAUAUUUUUUUGUAAAGUGGAAGUUUGAUAAAAUUCUACUAAUUUUAAUGGUUUUGAAUCUAAUUCCAUCUAGUUGCAAAAGCCAAAAGUACACAUAAACCAACUGUCAAACGCAAUGUCAAAAAGCGAUGGGGAAUUCGUAAAUGUUGUGGUGAGUUUCCAGUCUUUCGAAUUUAUCCUAAAAAUGUUUACCUGUGAUUUUAUUUCAUGUAUAUAUAUUUUAUCCAUUAUUUGACUAUUUUUUCGUUAUACGUAGGGGAGAGUGGGGAGACUUGAUCCCCGGGGACACUUGAUCCCAAGCCUGUAUCUCGUCAGUAUGUGGGUAAAACAAUUA